CUGUACAUCGCCAUGUCCUCAGACCUCCUUCGAGUUCCCAGGUACUUGAGGAGUCCCGGCGACGAUGGCUAUCGAACGCCAACUAUCGAAGAUGCGCAGCGGACUCUCGCCGUCCUGGGCGUAAGGGAUGCUCCUAGCCUGGGCAACAGUGCCAGCGAAGUUCAUACUUCUGCCUUGGAAGCUGCCUUGCACAAGGUUGCCUCUCGAGCGACCGACCAAACGGCCAGUAACAAAGAAUUCAGCCAUUGUGUGGAUCGUGAUGGUGCAGAACUUACCCGGAAAGUGACGGAUGCAUCGGCGUCCAAGCUCAGUUGGAAGAAGCGUAUUCGUCAUGUUACUUGGGCAUAUUUCACAUUGACUAUGGCUACGGGGGUUUGGCAAAUGUCCUAUAUGAAGGUAUACAUACCUAAGCUCUUUGAUCUCUACAUCUGUGCUAAUGUGAACAAAGUUCCCUACCGUUUCCACGGAUUGGAUACAAUUGGAACGGUCGUCUUUCUGAUCAACAUUGCCCUGUAUCUGUUCAUAUGGGGACUUUUAUUGGCCAGAUUCUACCAUUACCCGUAUACCUUCAAAGCAUCAUUUCUGCAUCCCACCGAGUCCUUAUUCGUUCCUGCCUGUGUCGUCUCUUUCGGUACCAUCCUGAUCAACAUCUCUCAAUAUGGUCCCGAGAAUACAGGCCCAUGGUUAAUGGAAGCUGUGGGGAUACUAUUCUGGAUUGACGCCGUUCUUGCUGUAUUAUUUUCUGCGGGCAUCUAUCUCGUCCUUUGGUCCACCCAGACAUUCACCAUCGCCCAGAUGACCCCAAUAUGGAUCUUUCCCGCCUAUCCCAUGCUCAUUAUCGGUCCUCACGCCGGUAUUCUAAGUGCAAAGCUGGAGCAAGCUCGCUGCCUGCGCAUUAUCAUCGGAGGAACGACGAUUCAAGGUGUUGGAUUUUUGGUCUCGCUGAUGGUCUACUCGGCCUUUAUCUAUCGACUCAUGACGCAAAAGCUACCCAAGGAAAACAUCCGACCGGGAAUGUUUGUCUCCGUGGGACCCAGCGGGUUCACUGUCGCAGGCAUUGUCAACAUGGCAGCUUCCGCAAAGCGUUCAUUCCCGUCGGAUUUUAUGGGAAAUGGAGAACUGGCUGCUGAUGUAUUGAGGGUGGUUGUUGACUUUGCCGCAUUAUGGCUGUGGGGUUUGGCAAUUUUCUUUUUCAUUAUUGCCAGUGCAGCCCACUGGUCUGCAAUUGGCUCAGGUCGAAUGAUCUUUUCAAUGACCUGGUUCUCGUUUGUGUUCCCCAAUACCGCCCUAAUAACCGCCACCUUUGCCAUCGGAAAGGCAUUCUCUUGCAAGGCGAUCAACAUUGUUGGAUGUGUGGCGAUCCUCCCUCUAAUACUCAUGUACUUCUUUGUAUGUUACAUGAUGAUUCGAGCUAUCCUCACACAUCAGAUUUUAUGGCCACAGAAGGGCGAAGAUAGGGAUGAAGGUGGGUUUGAGAUUCAUCGGGUCAAGGCUGAUGCAGAGAUCUCCGAUGAGAUUAAUGGAACGGCUGUCUGA